GAGUAAAUUAAAUAUCUGAUACCAACUAAAAAAUUAUCCACGACCACCGGCGGCCUACAUCCCCCGUUCAAAAUUCAAACGCAAUCCCCACCAACAUCUCUCUCUCUCUCUCAUUUUCACUGGUGAUUAAGCCCUGCGACAUGCGUAUAAAUGUGUAGUUUCAGCAGCAUUACAACUCGGAGGCAGUGGAGCAAACGAUAGCCACGAUGAGCGCCGCGAGGUUCAUCAAGUGUGUGACCGUCGGCGACGGAGCCGUGGGGAAGACGUGCAUGCUCAUCUCCUACACCAGCAAUACUUUUCCGACGGAUUACGUGCCGACGGUGUUCGACAAUUUCAGCGCCAAUGUGAUCGUAGACGGGAGCACGGUCAACCUCGGGCUUUGGGACACAGCAGGGCAAGAGGACUACAACAGGCUCAGACCCCUGAGUUACAGAGGAGCCGAUGUGUUUCUGCUGGCAUUUUCUCUCAUCAGUAAAGCAAGCUACGAGAACAUUUACAAGAAGUGGGUUCCAGAGCUGAGGCACUAUGCUCCGACUGUGCCAAUUGUUCUUGUGGGAACAAAACUCGAUUUACGCGAAGACAAGCAAUAUUUCCUUGAUCAUCCUGGAGCAACUCCGAUCACUACUGCACAGGGAGAAGAGUUGAAGAAGAUGAUCGGCGCAGCUGUCUACAUCGAGUGCAGUUCUAAAACUCAGCAGAAUGUGAAGGCCGUCUUCGAUGCUGCGAUAAAAGUAGUUCUUUGCCCGCCUAAGCUGAAGAAGAAGAGCCGAAAGCAGAGAAAAUGCUUGAUCUUGUGAACUCAUUGAAUAGCAAAAUGUAUGUGUGUAUCACUGAUAUUUGUGAAUUUCUUUCUCAAGAUAUGAAGUCUUGGCUAUA